AUGGUUUGCAGCAAUGAUCUAUCAAGUUUCAAGCUACUGUCGGUGGAUUCAUAUCCUGACUUCGAGUCAUUUGACGGAUUUGGAAAUUUAACAAAUUGGAGGUUAAAUGAUUUGGAGGCAGCAUAUGAAAACCACCUUGAAGAUGAAGCAAGUAAACCAAGUAUAGAGAAGAAGAAAUAUUCUAAAGAAGAGAAGAUAAAGUUGGAUAAUGAUUGUAAGGAACAAUACAUGAAAUCUGCCUUACAGAAGUAUAAUAGUGAAGAAGAUCUUGCCGGGGAGAUGUGCUUUGUCUUUGAUGAAAUCAAAGAAGUUGUCUUCAUUGUGGAAGGAGGUUUGGAUUUCUAUGAACACUACAACUUUACAGCUAAGCAGGCUGGUUCCAUAAUUCUAUUUUUUGCUGAAGUGAUCCCAGAUGAUGGAGAAACUUGCGAUGUUCUCUGCUGCAAGCCUUCGGAUUACAAUGACAAUGGACCCUGCUUCGGUUGUAAGAAUCAAGGUUCUGUGAACUUGAGACAUCCAGCUGGCGAAGGUCUGUAUGUUGGAGGUCAUGAGGAUUGCGAGUUCCCAUUUAUGUGGGAUAGUAUCAGUGAGGACUCCGAUGGAGAGGGAUAACCUAGACGAUCAUAGAGAAUGUCUGAUGGUGGAGUUGGUCAACUGCUUCUCAUUUUAAUAUCCGAUUUAUGCAACUUCUAUUUGAAGGACUCAUAUGAUACGUUACAGCAGCUGUAGUUACUUUGGGUGUGAAUACGUUGCUUGUAUACACGGCGACGUUACAUCCGUACUAGUUCAGUCACCUACGAUGCACGCAAUGAACUAUUUAUA